UUUUCCAUUUUGCCGCCGCUCCGCUCCACUUUCACUAAUGGCUGAUUUUCCUUUCGUGUUCUAACCGUCAUUCCAUAGGAAAGUCGUAGGAAAGGAAAGGAGGAAGUGUGUGAAGGGAACGAGAGAAAGGUAAUGGAGGAGAUAGAGGAGCUCAGGGCAAAAGUUAUCGCAUCAAUGUCUACACAUUCAAACCCUAACCCGAAGCCGAAGGAGAACCCCAUAGGGAUCAGAGAAGAAGGCGAGCUUUCUUCAUCUGAUAGCGAUGAAAUUCAUGCAUGUUCUCCUGCACAACCCACCAAUAUUACUGCGCCUUCAAUUGGGCGUAGUAAUGCUGCUCCUCCGAACAAACAUAGUGGAACCUCUAAUGUUGAUGGUCCUGUAAGCUCUGGUCGCACUCAACUUUUAUCUGUGAAACAAAACCAUCGUAAGUACUUGGAGACUAGUCCAGCACCAUCCAGACCGGGUAAUCAUCAAAAUUCUUCCAGUUGGUAUCUUCCUUCUGGGACAAAUAAUAAUCUUGUGAUAAGAUUCUCAGAUGAUGACAGUGGAAGUGAUUCUGAAGAGUAUAAACCAGAAAAAUCUUUGGAAAGGAAUGUCAGCUCUAUUGCAGUAGAUGCAUCUAAACGACAACUUUUUCAGUCAAAAGCAGAUAUGUUGCAACGAACUUCAAAUAACCAAGUGAGAACAGUGCCAAAGAAACUCCCAUUGAGUCGCACUUUUAUCACUUCGAUGACCAAAAUCAAUGGAGCCACUUCCAGGGGAUCGAGACCUUCACUUGAACAGGCAUCUCGUGUGCGAAAUUUAGAUUCUGUCAGUAAGAUGUUGGCAAGUUGUGACCGAGUGCAUAACCAAGGUAUGAAUUUGAACAAUAACAAUCUUGAGAGCUUACGCCAACAAAUUGCCAUACGAGAAAAUGAACUGAGGCUUCAAUAUAAGUCUGCCCAGAAAAACAAGGAAACUACUUCAAGUUCACGUAAGGGUUACAGUGGUGGAAAGCUCACCAACAAUGCUGUUGGAAAGGGUAGAACAGCUUCUGCUAAUACCAUACAGCCAUCUCCUAAUGAACGGGAGAACAAGCGUUUGAAACUUGAUGAAACUUGCCAAAAUAAGCUCAAAUCAGUUUGUCAGCAGCAGAAGUUGAGACCAGCCUCUAAAUCUGUAUCAGAACCAAAAAUGUCGUCAAUGAACAACACUCUUACAGACAGAGAGUUGGUGGUUUACAGCCAAUACUCCAAAGAAAUUCCUGAGGGAACCAAAAGUCCAAGCACAGAUGAACGGCGAGUAGCAGGCGAUGAACAGAAUCCUGUUCCAUCAAGCAAUUUACUAACUGAGGUGAAAGAUGGUGGUGGUGUCUCUAUGAAUUGCAAUCAGUCUGAGAAGAGCGCUAAGCUGAUGGGUUCUCAUACUUCAUUAAAUCAAAGCUCACUAUUAAUGCAGAUGACAUCAAGAGUAGAUGAUGGACCUGCUUGCCAGCUCAGGGUGCAUUCCCCAAAGGAACAAGUAAAUUUGGGUCCCACACAUUACAUCGAUCUUACAGAAGGUUAUAAGACUCAAAGCAGGCUGUAUAAAGAGACUCAAAAGAACACUGACAUGGUAAAAUUUCCUAGUAGACUUGGGGGGAUUCGUUCAUCCAUGUUUCAGAACAAGUCAGCUUCUGAACACUUAGUGAGAGGCAGUGAGUAUAACGAAAUUUCAUCUGGUGAUAGGACACUUAAGCCCAUAUCUGAUAGUACAUGUCAUAAGUGUUCCCUCCAUGUUCUGGAAAGCAAUAUGAGAACCUCUGAUGCAUUUCCGAAUACCACAUGCUUGUUAAAUUGUUCUGGUCAGCUAAAUCUCUUGGGACAUGAUAGCAUGGAUAUUGAAUCUUUAGCAAAAAUUGAGGAAUUGCAAGAUAAAGAGUUGGAGGAGGCACAAGAGCACAGACGUCAUUGUGAACUUGAAGAAAGAAAAGCACUUAAAGCUUAUCGUAAAGCCCAAAGAGCUUUGGUUGAGGCUAAUGCCAGAUGUACUCUUCUUUAUCGGAGAAGAGAGCUGUUUUCAGCUCAGCUUCGAGCUUUUACGAUGGAGGGUUCCAAUUCUUUGUGGAGUUCUGGGUGGAAUAAAUGUACAGAAAUUGGAUUAAAUUCCUCAAAUAUUGUUCCUGAAGCUAACCUGGACCAAUCGCCCACUUUAGGCCAUCAAAUGCAGGCUGAACUGGAAGAAUUGAAUCAGCUGGCCGGUGAUUCAAAUAUUCAAUGUAGAGAUGGUACUGUUUUUAAUGCACCUUACCAGCCCAUGAGUGGGCAAAAUUUAGGUUCUGAACCAUGUAGUGAACCUGAUGCCAGUACAUCAGAACCAUUACAUCACAAGGACAACAGUGCUGUGAAUGGAGUAUGCACUCCUUCAAACCACCCAGACGUGCCAGCAGAUGAAGAUGAAGAGACAUUUCCUUUUGACAACAAAUCUGUUCAGUGCAGGUCACAGUGUGAUAGCAAGCAGGAAAAUAUAGAGAAGGAAAUGGGCUUUCCUGCCAGGUUGGAAAGGAAGUAUUCAAUUGAUAGUAUCCGGGAUCCUGCCCUUCUUGAAGCUUCCUUGAGGUCUGAACUGUUUGCACGUUUAGGAACUAACAUUUUGUCGAAAGAAAGUGGUAUAGGCUUGAAGAGGGGGUGCACUAUUGAAAAAGGAACAGGAAGUGAUUUUGGAAAUAAGACAGCUGAUCGGAUUAUGGGCAACCAAACAGUCCUGGAAGUGGAACAAAACCAAGUUUCUUCUACUGGAGUGAGAGGUGCUUCUAAGCUUUCUUUGCAAAUCACAGACAAGAGCUGUGGUGAUAAGAGUUCUUUAGGCGGUGAAUUUAACGGUACUGUCAAUUCCAAUGAGGACAAGUCCUAUUUGAAAGAAAGUCAUAGUUCAAUUACAUCUGUAUCUGUCUUACCUUCUUCAGAUGUGAGGUGCACAUUUGGUUAUGUGAAAUUUAAACCUAUAAUCAGCAUAAGCCGAUCCCAGACUGCUAAUCAUCAUAAGUGCCUAGAUGAGAUUUCACAUGAAGAGCACACUGGUGUUGGGUAUAAUGAGAUUAUGCUUGAUGUUUUGAGGACAACAGAAACUUCAAGAGGUAGAAGCAUGGGAGAAAUGGGGUCUUAUACUUGUGACCUUUCAAUUGAUCCUCUUUGGCCUCUCUGUAUGUUUGAGCUCCGAGGUAAAUGUAACAACGAAGAAUGUUCUUGGCAGCAUUUUAGGGACUACUCUCAGAGAAAUAUGAAGCAGAUUGAUGAUUCUGAUAGUUCUGAUUGCCAUGUUAAACCAUCAUCACCUCUUGAAAAACCUAAUAGAGCAUGCAUACCUCCUCAAUGUCUUAAUUAUCAUCCAAUGCCAGCUCCAGUGACAUAUCUAGUUGGCACAGAUCUUCUUAAAGCUGACUUGCAUUCUUGUGAAUCGAUACUGGCUCGGAGUAUUGGACAAUGCUGGCAAAGGGGUUUCAGCACUUCUUUGUCUCUUCCUUUCUGCUUGCAGAGAAACAUUCCUUCAGAUGCAUCUCUGUUGCGUCACAGUGACAGUUGGACCAGGCAAUCUUUAUAUUUCCAUAGUCAAGAUGAAGCAAUGAGGCAAGUCAUCCAUGGUUCAGCUGAUCCUGAGCAAGUCUUGGAAAUGGCUUUUAUUUUUCUCAAUCAGGAGGUCAACAAAGUAGAUGGGAAGAAAAAGGCACUAUCUGUUUUGUCACGAUCUCUUGAGACUGAUCCAACAUCCGUGGUCCUCUGGAUUGUUUAUCUGCAUAUUUACUAUAGGGAUGAAAAGGCUAUUGGAACUGAUGACAUGUUUUUUCAUGCGAUCCACCAUAAUGAAGGUUCUUAUGAGCUCUGGCUUAUGUACAUCAACAGUCGCUUACAACUUGAUGAUCAGUUGCUUGCAUAUGAUAAUGCACUGUUGGCACUUUGCCGCAUUGCAUCUUCUCCUGAUAGGGAUAUAAAACAUGCUAGUGCAUGCAUCUUGGACUUGUUUUUACAGAUGAUGGAUUUAUUGUGCAUGUCUGGGGAUGUGGGGAAGGCCAUCCAAAGAAUACAGACACUCUUACUGACUGUGAAAGAUUGUAGCAGCACCCAUUCUUUGUUGCUCUCAGAUAUCCUGGUAUGUUUAACUGUAUCUGACAAAUGUAUCUUCUGGGUUUGUUGUCUGUACUUGGUGAUCUACAAAAAGAUGCCUGAUGCAGUAGUAAGGCAGUUUGAGUUUGAGAAAGAGUUCCAUACGAUGAUAGAAUGGCCUUCAGUUCAGUUAACACCUGGUGAGAAACAACUGGUUGUACAACUGAUGGAAAUGGCUGUGGGGUCAGUUGCUUCCAGCUCAGAUACAAGGGAAGCCGCUCUCAGAUCAGCACACCUGUUAGCUGUGAGUCAUGUUAGGUGUAUGGCAGCACUUGAAGGCUUAGACUACAGUAAGAAUUUGUUGGGCAAAUACCUUAAAAAAUAUCCUACUUGCCUAGAACUCUUUCUGUUAUCAGCUCGACUGAAUGAUCAUGAAUUUGAGGGUUUGGGUUUUGAAGGAUUUGAAGAGGCUUUGAGUGGUUGGCCGAGUGAUACCCCUGGAGUUCAGUGCAUAUGGAAUCAAUAUGCUGAGUAUGCUUUGGAGAAUGGAAAAGUUAAUUUAGCGAAAGAACUGAUGGUUAGAUGGUUUCAAUCUGUUUGGAAGGCUCAGUGUCCUCAAAAUGAGAAGACAAAUAGUGUCAUGGAUAAUGAGUUACUCUUACUGGAAUUACCUUUAUCUGUGAAUCAAGAAGACUCUUCUGCUUUGUCUAAUACAAGAGAUGCAUUGUUUGGGUUACUUAAUCUUUCUCUCCAUAGAUUGUUGCAAAAAGAUUUAACUGAAGCUCGUAGGACAAUUGAUAGGGCAUUGAAAGUAGCCUCUCCCAAGGAUUAUGAGUACUGUGUUAGAGAGCAUGCCAGGUUUUUGCUUGCUGAUUGUUCAGAACCAAUGGAGGAUACUCAUGCCAAUGAAAUAGUGAGCUUUUUGAGUAGGUACUUGGUUGAUGACUGGUCUUUUCCUAGUUCCCAGCCAUUGUCUAGAAAAUUCAUUGAAAAUAUCAAGAAACCAAGAUUACGGCAGCUGAUCAAUAACAUUCUUGGUCCAGUUUCUUUUGAUUGCUCUCUAAUAAACUCUGUUCUCGAAGCAUGGCAUGGGCCGUCUCUUUUGCCUGAAAAAUUCGGUCAACUUAAGGAUUUUGUGGAUCUUGUUGAGGCUAUAAUGGAGAUUUCACCGGCAAACUAUCAGUUGGCAUUGUCGAUUUGUAAGUUGAUGAUUAAUGUUUCAAAUUCUGGUGCAAUUACUUCUCAUAGUGUUGUGUUUUGGGCAAGCUCUCUCCUGGUCAAUUCCAUCUUUCAGACGGUCCCAGUGGCACCAGAACCUAUAUGGGUUGAAGCAGCAGGCAUUUUGGGUAAUCUAGAGGUAACCCAAUCCAUUUCUGAGAGGUUUCAUCAGAGGGCCUUAUCAGUGUAUCCCUUUUCCAUUAGCCUAUGGAAAUCCUUUUUCAAAUUGUCUAGCACAAUAGGAAACAUAACUGCUGUUGUAGAAGCAGCCAGAGAAAGGGGUAUCAGACUGGACUGACCUUAUUUUCUUUCCAUCUUUUAGUGGUUUUGAAGGAAACUUAGAUGCGUUAGACUUGGCCCAGUAACUGCUUUUGAAAAAUUUUGGGCCUCUAUGGAUGUGUUCAAGAUAUAAGCAGGAGGUCGAAGUUCAAUCUGACAAUAGAUACAACCAAAUUACUGAUUAAAAAAAUGGACAACCAAAUUGCUUAUAUAAGAAUGAGAUACAGGAUGUCAUGGCAAGCAGUUUCACAAACUGAAGGUUUAUGAGAUGUCAUUAUCAAUUGGAAGAACUCGAAUAUACAAGAUAACAAGCUAACAUGAUGGACAAUCUAACCAUUGGCUGUAAAACAGAGAAGAAACUUUCUUUAUUUUUUGGUUGUGUAUAGCCAUGAAAGGAUGUUCUUUUUUCUUGAUUUCUACUCAUUGAUAAUGCUGUAAGAUCUGAGAAAUUUGUACGCACAGGGAAAAUAUUGAAAUGGAAAGAUUAAUUCAUUUUUACAGA